UGCUCAUUGCGAAUAGCAAUAUCUCCUCUUUGUGUUUCUAUAAAUAUAAAAAUGAAUAUCAGUUUGUUUAUAUUAUUGUGUUUGGUGCAAUUUUCUGUUCAGAAGUCAACGCCUGCAGAUGACAGCUAUAUUGCAGCAGUUGUCGAGUACCAAGUACAAUCUGAUGAAGCGGCUAUUCUGCAAAACUAUUUACGACUAAUAGAAGACGCCGGCAAACAGAAUGCUGACAUUAUUGUGUUCCCUGAGAUGACCCUGACCAGAGGGAAAAGUGUCGUGGUACCGAUCUACGGCUUGCUGAAAGAACAUCCCAUACCUGCUUCGAAUCCAGAACUCUUUGACGAGAUUUUAGUCUCCAUUUCUGCAUCUGCGAUUAAGAGUCAAAUAUAUGUGGUUAUUAACGUACAAGAGCUGAUGGAUUGCCGGAACGCGGGGUCACCUGGGGAGACCUGCCCCGAACAAAAACAGUACCGUUUUAAUACCAAUGUGGUAUUCAACAGGAAUGGGGCGGUCAUUGACAGAUAUCGUAAAAUCAACCUGUUCGGAGAGCUUUCUAAGACGCCGGCCUUAGUUCCAGACUUGGGAAUGUUCACAACGGACUUCGGUGUGACUUUUGGUCAUUUUAUCUGUUUCGAUUUGAUGUUUCAAGUUCCAGCUAUCCAAGUAGUCCAGAAGUACAACAUUACUGAUGUCAUCUUUCCCACUAUGUGGUUUUCUGAAAUGCCUUAUUUGACCGCCGUGGAGAUCCAACAGGCGUAUGCCCACACAAUGAAUGUAAAUUUCCUUACUGCAGGAGCUAACAACGUCAAAGUAGGAAGUACAGGUUCUGGAAUAUUCUCAGGAAAAGCCGGCGCGUUAGUAAGCCUAAUGACUGGUGUGCCAAUUACGAAGCUACUCUUCGCUAAAGUUCCCAAAGUGCCUGGACAAGUCACUGGUACAUAUCCGGGUCCAAUUUACGAUGAUCCUGUAGACCAAGAUAACUUGUUUCUAAAAACUGAUCCCUCCUUGCUGUCCCAUGUGAGCAGAUUAUUGAAAACAGGGUUUGAAGAGUUUACACUUGUCGACAAAGAUGUAUACUGUCAGUUUCGAGUACGUUUAAGUGAACGAAAUGGAGAAAUGGCGCCAUUUUAUCGUGCCUUUGCUCAUGACAGUUUUAAUGUCUAUGCGAGACGUCAAAUGGGCACUGCAGGGUGCUCUAUAGUUUCUUGCAAGAAUGAGGAUUUAAAUAGCUGUUAUUACAGGUUCAACCACAGUGAAGUUUAUACUGAAAUCGAGGAGCUGGAAAUCAAGAUGACGUCACGGCGCGUUCACUACAACACUUCUCUGAAAUGCGACGAUAUAGAAUACUAUCCUAUGUCGUUUACAAACAACAAGUUUCCUUUAAACCCCCAGAAUUAUACUUUCGAAAAUGAAAACAGGAAUUUUGACGAAUUAGUUAAUAAUGAAAUUAUGAAAAGGAAUGGUCAACAAUGUAUGAUGUUUAAAUUGAAUACUCCGCAAACUGAUUUGCUUUCGUUUGGAAUUUUCGGUAGAAUUUAUAGUAAAGAUGGUACAAAAUUAAUAACUGAAAGUACUGAACAUGCAGAUAUUGAUAAUUUAUUGGGAAUCAACUGAGACGACGAAUAUCAUAAAUGUAUAGUUUCAUAAGUACAAUUUAUUUGUUU